CCUCGGCGGCUCACUCAGCCCUGUGCCCAUACCACGUAGAAACCAUGGAAGCCAUCAAGAAGAAAAUGCAGAUGCUAAAGCUGGACAAGGAGAAUGCCAUUGACCGGGCUGAACAGGCCGAGGCAGACAGGAAGAUAGCUGAGGACAAGUGCAAGCAAGUGGAAGAGGAGCUGACACACCUCCAGAGGAAACUGAAGGGCACGGAGGACGAGCUGGACAAGCACUCGGAGGACCUGAAGGAUGCACAGGAGAAGCUAGAGCUAGCGGAGAAGAAAGCCUCCGAUGUAAGUGCGGCUGCGGGCGCCCGUUCGGGCAAGGCGGGGCGGGCCGCGCGGGAAGACCAAGAGCCCUCAGGGCAGCGGUGGCCAGCGGUGCCGACACAGCUCCAAAAUGGCCCCGAGCCUCCAGCCAACCAGGAAUUUGGCGGCUCGGGGGCUGAAGGAGAUGUGGCUGCUCUCAACCGCCGCAUCCAGCUGGUGGAGGAGGAGCUGGACCGGGCUCAGGAGCGACUGGCCACAGCCCUGCAGAAGCUGGAGGAGGCCGAGAAGGCUGCGGAUGAGAGCGAGAGGUAG